CAAGGUCUUAGUAACAAAAAAGCCAGAAAGGAAUAUGGAAUCCACUGUCUAGGCAAGCUUAAUGAAGAAGUAGAAGAUGCUCUUUCUCAAGCAGAAGAACUAAGAAAAGCUGUAAAUACACUUGCAAACGUGGAAGAAAAGGCAACUCUUCAAGCACUUCGAAUUAAUGUUGAAGACUCGGAAUGUUCCGAUGAAGAAAGUGAAGGCGAAUGCAUUAUGCAAGAAUCCUCUGGAGAUGAAAAUGAGGACGAUGGCCUUAUGGAAGCAAGUAAGGUUCAGAGAAAAACAGACUCGCUGCCAAGAAGCAGAGCUGCCGUAUGUGAGCAAGUGCCUGGCCUACCAGAUCCUGACACACUCUUAAAACGCCAAUCACUUGUUAGUCCAAUUCCAUCAGUUGAAACACUAGUUUCCAUUCUUCGUGAGAACAAUUUAAACUGGUUUACGUUUGUUGGGGAACUGCAAUUGUUAUUAGUGAACUACAUGCCAGAGGUUCUUCAUCAAGCUCUACUUGAUUUUGCUCGCAACCUGCCAAACACUGAUUUAACAGAUAAAGAGGAACAAAAAGUAGAGCAGUCAAGACAGGCAUUUCUGGCCAUGCAAAGAGAUGCUGGUGCAGCUGAUGAGGAAGAAGUUGGAACCAGUUCGGAAAGCGACAACCCGGAUGACUGGGUUGGUGUGCAAGAUGUUCUUAGUGAGAAGGGAAAGGAACUUGUGAUAAAACAACGAAAAAUUUUUCAAAGAAAAAAGAGAAGGCAACUGGCUAAGGAGAUAACUGACAGGCAUAUCCUAAGGAGAAAAGUACCGGCGAAAGUGUGUAAAACAUUGGUAAAGUUUCCAACUAUUGGAAAGGAUAUUGAAGAUUUUGUGGAGGAGCAUAGAGUUGGGGCUGAUCAAUGGCGGCGGACUGGUGUAUUCACCUUUGAUGGCAACCAAAAGAAAGGGCCAAAAGUAACUUACCGGAGAAUCCAGAAGUACGUCAAUGACAAGUAUAAUGCAAAAAUUGGCUAGGAGACAAUAGUCCAGCUUUGUACUGUGAGAAACAAGCGUAAGUUGUCUGCAGCAAGGUACCAUAGUGUUGCCCGUGUUACUUCCCGUAGAGCGAGGAAAGGAUUUGCUAUAAAGCUUAACACCGACGCUCAUUACAGUACAUCCAUGUAUAAAGGUCUGGACUUUAUUCAACUAAGGGAUGGUCAAAACAAGAUGGUACUUAAUAGGGACGAUCAAUCCGGAUUUAGAUUGGACACUACGUAUACACACAAGUUGCAUAAGGCCACUGCACUGACGGACAAGCCUGAGACAACAACUCGUACAGAUUACGUUAAUAAGUACGCCUCAGUAAUUCAAACAACAUCAGUAAUGUUCCUGGGUACAAGUACGACAGCUGAGAGAUGUGUUGGUGUAGUGAAGGCUCAACAUCUCUACAAAAAGAAUGCUGCUCAGCAUGCUUUGGAUUUGGUUAUGUUGCAAAGCAAAGAUGAGCUUGAGCCAUGGAUGAAGGACAAAGCUGUAGAUUGUAUCAGGGUAGAUGGUGCCUGGGAUGAGGGGCCAUCUCACCAUGAAGUACAGUUUUACUGGACAGAGAGAAACUUUUUGCUAGGAAAGAAAGCAACAAUUGUUACAACAAGACACAGUGGAGGAUCGUACCUCAAUCAGGUUGGGAUGCAAAAUGGUUGCCUUGCCAUUGCUCAUAGCAACUUGUUCAUACCAUCCACGUUGACGGGCCCAAACAUAACUGGUCAAGGACUUGACUAAGACAGACUGACGACAAAUUUGGAUGUAGCCAUUGAUGUGCACAUCAACCGAGUAAAUGGAGCACCUUGUGGCGAGAGUGAAAUCGCCCUUUACAAAGGGGCGAUAGACGAGCAUGCAAAGAGGUUGCUAUGGGCAUUUCUUACGACCCAAGGAGUGUGUUGAACACAUUCGUCAGCUUGGCAUGAAAGACUGCAUGCUCACACCACCUUCAGCAAUCAUCAAGGAAGCAUUUGAGAAGUCCCAGAAGAGUAAAACCACCAUUUCAAGCCUGGAGAUAACAGAAUUGGCAAAGCAGACACUUCUUCCUGAGCAUGAUGUUUCGUUCUGGUUACAGCAUCUAGAAAGCAUCAAAGAACGACGAGCAGAGGGUGUUAAAAAGGCUCAAGCAAAAAGACGGUGUUCAAGAGGAAUUCGUACUUCCAAAGCGAAAUCAAAGAGAGCUGCAAAACCUAAAGACAGGGAUGUUGUGUACUGUUGGUGUCAAGAGGGGGAAUAUGGGGAGAUGAUAGCAUGUGAUAAUGUUGCCUGUCCAAUUGAAUGGUUUCACUUUGAGUGCCUGGGCCUGACUGCUGCUCCAGCUGGCAGGUGGCUAUGUCCCGACUGUGAAGACAGCAACAGAUAA